GGAAAACUAAUCUUACCAAGAUCACUAUUUAAAUAUACAUGUUUAAUGAGCCAUGGGGUAACCCAUGUCUCAACAGGAGGAAUGAUACAAAUAGUGGACAAAAUAUUCAAAACAUACGGCUACAAGUAGAGCAUGAAAAGCUAAAAAGUGUGGAUCAGGAGAAAAGUCGUAAAUUACAUGGAUUAACCAUUAUGCAGGAUCGGCGAGAGCAAGCUAGGCAGGAUCUCAAAGGACUUGAUGAGACUGUGGCAAAUGAGUUCCAGACACUCCAUAAUCUUAGGAAGCUUUUUGUUCAAGACUUGGCCACGAGAGUCAAAAAGAGUGCUGAAAUGGAUUUUGACGAUACUGGUGGGAGCGCUGCGCAGAAGCAAAAGAUCUCCUUUCUUGAAAACAACCUUGAACAGCUCACCAAGGUUCACAAGCAGUUGGUACGAGGCAAUGCAGACCUUCGGUGUGAGCUUCCAAAACUGGAGAAACGUCUUCAAGCUACAGCUGAAAGGGUCAAGGCUUUGGAGUCCGCAUUGAAGGAUGUGAAGGAGAAUGCAGCUCGAGAUGGUAAACGCUACCAGCAGGAAGUGGAUCGCAGCAAGGAAGCUGUGCGAGCAAAGAACAUGGCAAGUAGAGUGCACUCCGCACAGAUUGCUAAGCCCAUUCGUCCUGGUCAAACCCCAAUCCAAGUGCAAUUCGUGGGGGCGGUGGAUUCUUCCAGAACAGCCAAUCGGUCGCUGUACGUGGAGGUGGGGAGGUAA